CAUAUUUGUCAAAGUCGAUUUACGAAAUUUAAUUAAGUACAUAAUAUAAAAUAAUAAUAAUAGGUCUUUGUUAAAUACUUUUAUUUUAUCAAACUGCCAAUAUAGAACUUGGAGGUGAUAACAUUUUUACGGCUGCAACUAUUAGAAAAUGUGGAAAUUAAAAUUAUAUAUUUACGGUGCUAUUUGCAUAUGGUUCGUGGCACUAUUCACCAUUUUCUCAAAUAACAUCACAAUGAGAGAAAUAUUAUUCAAGGAGAGACAAGCAUUACAGUUGUUAAAUAAGUCUUUGAAAAUCGGUAGUAAAACACCGAUACGUAGCGUUAUUGUCACGAGGUGGUUGUCAGGUUCCAGCCGUUUAGUCAGAUAUUUUCAUCAUGCACGUGGCUACUAUCAGCACUUUUCACCGUUAUUUAAUUGUAAAUAUGAAAUUAAACAACCACAAACAGACAUCGUUGAGGCAAUAAAGAAUUUACAUCAAUUAUUUGAUUGUGAUUACAAUAAAAGUGAUAAUCUACUAAAUGUAGCUAAAAAGCAUUUUACAUUUUAUUCGCUCUACGGACAUCAACGAAGGCUGUGUCGCAAAUAUCCGAUAUAUUGCUGGAAUAAAGAAUUUCUUUCAGAAAUUUGCAAAAUAUUCCCAUAUCAAACUAUAUUUGUGUAUGAUAUUCGCCUAAGGGAAAUUGGGCGUAUGUUAGGCGAUAAUAGGUGA